GUAGUCCUGACCUCCACUGCCUGUGCACAGCUGUUAGGUUUCAGGAGAUCCUUAGGUAUAUAAGGAGGGCUGACACUUCCACCUGUGGCGACUGCUAGGCCUGCUGCAGAAGAAACCAAGAGCGGGGGAAAUCUAACCCUCCCCGGGGCGCUGGGCUGGGGCAGAGACCGGAGACGCGUGGAGAGGGGAGACUCGCGGCGGUAUCGUUCUCCGGGGACGUACAACUGCCAGCCCGCACGGCUCCGGCUGGCGCUGUCUAUCUGCGCGCUCUGCUCUACUGCCCUCCCUCCACCGCCCGCGACCCCGGCCGAGGGCCCGAGCCGCCCCAGGGCGAGCGGGGUCUGCCGCGCUGCCUGCCGCCAUGCAGUCAGGGCGGCUUGGCGACUCCAGGCCCGCGGAGCCGGGGCCUCGCCUGCGCAGCUUGUGCAGCGCUGACCGGGCGGCCUGGGCCUCCUCGCUGAGCGAGGCCGAGGCGGAAGCCGGAUGCUUCGCGUUGGCUGUGGCGGCUGUGUUGCCGGCAGGGGGGAGCGGAGAGAGGAUGGGCGUCCCCACCCCGAAGCAGUUCUGCCCCAUCCUGGAGAGGCCACUCAUCAGCUACACCCUGCAGGCCCUGGAGAGAGUAUGUUGGAUAAAGGAUAUUGUUGUGGCAGUAACUGGAGAGAACAUGGAAGCAAUGAAAGGUAUCAUUCAGAGGUACCAGCAUAAACGCAUCUCACUUGUUGAAGCUGGAGUGACCCGCCAUAGGUCUAUUUUCAAUGGACUGAAAGCACUGGCAGAGGAUCAGCCCAACUCUAGACUCUGUAAGCCAGAGGUAGUGAUCAUCCACGAUGCCGUGAGACCAUUCGUUGAGGAAGAUGUCCUCUUUCAAGUUGUGACAGCUGCUAAGGAGUAUGGGGCUUCAGGAGCAAUCAGACCUCUUGUAUCUACUGUCAUUAGUCCUUCGACAGAGGGCUGCUUAGACUACUCGCUGGAACGUGCCAGACACAGGGCAAGUGAAAUGCCACAGGCCUUUCUGUUCGAUGUGAUCUAUGAAGCAUAUCGGCAGUGCAGUGACCAUGACUUGGAAUUUGGAACUGAGUGUUUGCAUUUGGCUCUAAAAUACUGUCAUAUCAAAGCCAAACUUGUGGAAGGAUCUCCUGACCUCUGGAAGGUGACCUACAAACGAGACCUGUAUGCAGCUGAAUCCAUUAUUAAGGAAAGAAUUUCACAGCAGAUUUGUGUAGUUAUGGACACAGAAGAUGAAGAACAUGUAGGUCAUCGUCUUGAAGAAAUGCUAAAAAAUGAAUUAAAUCAUAUGAAGAAAGUCACAUCUGGAAAAGAUCUUCAGCAAAUCAUCUUAGAGCAAUGCUACAGUUUUGUUUGUGUGAAUGUUAUGACCUCUGAUUUUGAAGAAACCCAUAAAUUACUGAAUAUGCUUGAAGAAAGUAAUCUUUCCAUUUUAUAUCCUGUUGUUGUUAUUUCAGUACAUUUUCUUGAUUAUAAAUCGGUACCAUUUGGUCAGACAAUGGAAAACCUAAUGCCCAUUAGAGAAUUUGCCAAGGAAGUGAAAAAAAGAAAUAUUUUAUUAUAUGGCCUUCUCAUAUAUUACCCACAGGAUGAGCAGAAGCUAAAGGAAAGUUUAAGGCAAGGUGCCACCAUUAUUGCUGCCUUAAUCAAAGAAAGAAAUUCUGGACUAACUGGUCAGCUACUGAUAGCAUAAAGAAUAUGGAGAAAAUUACCUACUGGGUUCUUAGAAACAUUUGCCUAAGUAUCUCCUUUGUGCUUCUCUGUGUAUUGUAUGUGGUAGAAUGUUUACACUGUCUUUUAUAAUUUGUAGGAUGUGAUGCUUAGGUGAAAUAAAAAAAUUUUUUAUGCAUGUCAAAUACAAAUUUCCUGAACCAGAAAAGAACAGAUAAAUGGAAAAUAGUAGCUUCAAAUAAGGAAGCUUUUCAUACAGCAUGAAAGAUAAAAAAAAAAAAAAAAGUUCUUCCAAGAAUGAGGAUUUAGAAAAUAUCAACUAUUAUCUCUCUGCUAAUUAGUAAAUCAUGCUAUAAUGAGAUCAAUAUAUAAGAUUAAUGGUUAUUCUUAAUUCUAAUAUUUUCCUCUCUCCGUGGGUUAUUUUGAAUUACAUUCUAAUUUUUCACACCUUAAAAAAAAGUUUAAGAGAUUAGCAGUGAACUUUGAUUUUAGUAUCUUCACCAUUAGCCUCACAUUACUUUAGAUUCCUAACAAGAUGGAAUCUCCUUCUGCUUUCCUAAUGCUUUAAAAUUGUAUGAUUUUCAGAGUUCCCAUUGUGGCUCAGUGGAAACAAAUUUGACUAGUAUC